UUCAGCCCGAGCCGCUCGGCCGUGUUGGACCAGCCACGGCACAGAGCAUCUCCCUAUCUCCAGCUCCUCUCGCCCAGCACAUCCCGCCGGGGUUAAACCCCCUCACGCUCCUCCUCUUCCUCCCCCCUCCAUCCCGGCCUGUCGGGGUGGUCCUGCAGCCCCGGCCCGGGGCAGAGCCCGCCCUCCGUAAUCCAUGCGCGGGCGGCACCGCCACCACAGCAGCCGCGGCGCUCUGAGGCGGAGCGGGCGGUGCUGUGCUGGCCUCCGGCUCGCUGUCCCCGCUCGACCGAGAUGGUGCGCUGAGUCAUUUCCACAAGAGGCUGCUGUACCACUCGGAAGUAAAAAUACAUUUAAGAAUUGAAGGUGUGAGAGUGUACCAGCAUUCUCCUGGUUAGAAAGCUACCCCCCAAGUGAAUGUUUGGAAGAUUUCUAGACUUGGUCGGACAAAUAUCUCUACCUCCAGUUUUAUGAAUACUGCUCGCUAUGGCAGUGGAACUCUGUUUGCUGCUGCUGCUGUUUUGUGGAAGUACUAUUUCAGAGGUACAGCCUAUAUACAAACCACCUCCUGGAACUUUGGAUUUUGGAUUUGUACCAGCCAAGACGUAUGAUACGGGUGCAUACCAUGAACCUGGGGCAAUAGGAAUUUUGUUUAAAAUAGUACAUGCAUUCCUGUACUUAGUGCAGCCAAAUUCUUUUCCUCAAGAUCUCAUCAGAAAACUAGCACAGCAGCAGUUUGGAAAUUCACAGGGCGAUUAUCAAAAGCCAGAAAAUGUUGUCCUGACUCUUCAGGCCAUCUACUAUGAAAUCGGUUUUAUAGUCUCCGCAGCCUUGGGAUUGCUAUUUAUUUUGUUACUGCCUCUUGUGGGACUUUGCUUCUGUAUGUGUCGUUGCUGUGACAACUGUGGUGGGGAAAUGCAUCAAAGACAGAAGAAAAAUGCUGACUGUCAGAGGAGCUGUUUUGCAACAUUUCUUUUUGUUGCUUCUUUAAUAAUAAGUGUUGGAGUGCUCUGUGCAUAUGCUGCCAACCAGCAUUUAACUAACCAAGUCCGAGGAGCAAAGAAACUGGUUAACAGUAAUUUUAAAGAUCUGAAAAUUUUCCUUAACGACACUCCAGCGCAAAUUGACUACUUGGUGAGCCAGUACAACACUACUAAGGAUAAAGCACUCUCUGACCUAAAUAAUGUUGGACCUGUGCUUGGAACCAGAGUUCAAGAACAGCUGGGAAAAGAAGUACGUCCUGCACUCGAUGCAGCUCUGACAAUGGCAGGAGUCAAAGUGGAAAGGGCUAUCAAAGCCAUCAGAGAAACGAAGGAAGCUCUGGAAAAUGUGAGUGUCUCUGUAGAGGUUUUGCAGGAGGGAACAGAGAGACUUCAUGCCAACUUGACAGAUGUUAAAAUGCACCUAAGCAACACCCUCAGUGACUCUGCAUGCAAUGCAGCUCAGGCUGCUUCAACUUGCAAUAUCAUCAGGAAUUCAUUAAGUCAACUGAACAUCAACGCCAAUUUUAGUGGGUUGCCGGGCGUGAACUCACAGCUUGCAAAGGUCAAUGAUGUCCUUAAAAUAGACCUUUCUAGUCUAGUUCAAAAGGGUUAUGCAGCAUUUAAUGAUACUCCAGACUUGGUGGUGAAUCAAACCAGGAACAUUUUAUCGGCAGCUGUUCCUUAUAUCAAAAGUGUGCUGGAAUCCAUUGGUUCAAAUAUUACUACCUUCACAAAAAUGCUCCCUGUUCAGAAGAUUAUAGCAGAUUUGAUGGUGUAUCUUACACAGAGUGAGGCAUAUGUUCAAGAUUAUUUUCCAGUCAUGGAGCAGUACGAUUUCUACAGGUGGCUGGGUUGUCUCAUUCUGUGCUGCAUGGUGGUCCUGAUUCUGGUCUUUUACUAUCUUGGAUUGCUAUGUGGCACCUGUGGUUAUGAUAAACAUGCUUCUCCAACAACCAGAGGCUGUAUCUCCAACACUGGAGGAAACUUUCUUAUGGCUGGUGUUGGAUUCAGUUUUCUUUUCUCCUGGGUGCUGAUGGUUGUAGUGGUGCUCACUUUUGUCACAGGUGGAAAUGUAGAAAAAUUGGUCUGUGAGCCCUUUGAAGAUAAAAAUUUAUUCAAGGUUUUGGAUACACCUUACUUACUAAAUCAGCACUGGAAAAACUAUCUUGCUGGCAUCAUCUUCAAAAAUCCAAAUGUUAACUUGACUUUUGAAAAAGUGUACAGUGAUUGCAAGGAAAACAAAGGAAUUUAUACUUCCCUUCACCUAGAGCAUUUGUUUAAUAUCAAUGAGCUUUUAAAUAUUAGUAUGUAUACAGAAGAUGUAGCACUUAGAAUUGAACACAUUCAGAUAAACCUCAGCAAAAUCAUUCUGCUGGAUGAAAUUGGGAAGGAGAAUCUUCUGAAUUUCAGCUCUUCAGGAAUAGAUGGGAUAGACUUCUCAGCAUAUUUGACAGAGAUCAAUAAAAGUGUUACCAAGGUUGAUCUUCUCUCAUUUGCUAAUGAUUUAGAAGCAAGAGCAGACCAGCUGCCAAAAGGAGCACUGGAAAAUGCCUUAAAAGGACACGCAAACAACAUUCGAAUGAUUCAUAACCAGCAAGUCGUUCCACUGGAGCAAGCUAUGACUGUCAAGAAAUAUGUUAAAGCUAGGAGCACUUUAAAUCAGAGCAUUAGGUUACUGAAGAGGACAUCAUCUGAACUUAUGGUUAAGGUGAAAAAUGUCAUUAGUGCUGUUAAUGCUGCCCAGAAUCUCAUAAAUAACAACGCUUCUCAAGUUAUUGUCCAGGAGACAAAAGAGUACAUGGAUACCAUAAUUGGCUACUUUGAGCAAUACAUUGAGUGGGUCAAGGAGUCGAUUGCCAUGGAAGUAGCAGCAUGCAAGCCUAUUGCCAAUGUGAUAGAUACAGCAGUAGAUAUUUUUUUAUGCAGCUAUAUAGCUGAUUCUGUGAAUACCUUCUGGUUUGGUUUGGGAGGCUCUUCAAUGUUUCUAAUUCCUGCCAUAAUUUUUGCUGUAAAACUCUCUAAAUACUAUCGCAGAAUGGAUACAGAGGAUGUAUAUGAUGAUUCCUCUGUCUCAGGGACUUGGCAUUUUACUUUAUGAUAACUAUUCUUACGUAUUUUCCUAUCAGUUUUUUUUUACUGUUUUCUUUUCUACUCCUUGUUUUGCUCAUUGUUCAGUUAGCCUGUGCACUGCAUUUCUCACAUUUCACAGUGGUUGUUUUUCAUUGCAUAUUCACAAAAUCAGUAGAGCGGAAACAGGCAUGUAUAGCUGAAAUUACUCACUUAUUAGUGUCUAGUUAAUUACUCCUGCUUUUCUGUGUUUUUUAGUUUCGAAAAUAUACCCAUGAAAACGUAAGACAUUUUUGCUAAUAUUUAUUAAAAUUAUUUUAUUAAUGUGGGAGGGUUUAUAUUUUUAAUGUAACUUGUUACCUCAAAAGAGGUAACACGUUCUGUUUCAUCAGAUGUGAUAGAUUAUAUUAGAGUCUCCAACUCAACAAGAAUAGAAAAAUAAUUAAUUGAUUUUUGGAGAAUAUAAAAAUACUAUAAAAUGUAAAAUUAUAGUUAUACCAUAACUCUUGAAUGUUACAAAGGAAAAGUUAUAUUCUGUUGUACAGACACAGUUUAUCUUUGCAUAUAAUACAUCAUCCAUGUACAUGUCAGAAGCCAUAUUGUGCAUAGUACAUCUUAUAGUUAACAUGGUCUUUCUUGGUGUAUUUAUUUUA